UGAUGACCACAUACUACAUUUUCAGACAAUGAUGAACUCGUACACGCUGGAAGAAAUGUUCAUUUCCAGGAUGGGAGCCACAAGCAGCCACCGUGCAGGAGGCACUAAUAGGCAGAUAUGCAAAGCAUGUCGGGCCGGUGUGUGAAAAUGCUCGCAAUGCCCCAGAGAGACGCUCCUCGCACUCCUUCGCCUGAAGACAUGAUUCAAUCACCAGCUUUACUUUUACCACAUAAGGCGGCACGAGCGGCCCCCAUAGCGGGCGGGACCAGGGAAAAGUUCCGGGGGGCUGUGAUUACUCGUGAUUGGUUGCUCUGUGUGGUGAUUGACAGGUCCCCUUCUCCGGCUCUCCUCUAAGCUCCGGUUGUUGACACUCUCCAAAAGUCCGCACGGCUCUCACGGAUAACGGAGACAUUAUUGCAGCUCGUUCCGGCUCCCUCUGUUUCUCCUGCGGUCCGGCUCGAGGACGGACAACCCGUCUCACCGAAAGCACCGGACUGUCAUCGUGGAUUCACUUUUUGCGACUGUCCGUUUUGAACUUUUCUUGCUCCCUGCAAGCUCGUAACGUCGCCGUCUCCUUUCUGCGCCCCGACACCGAGAGAAAUGGCAGAGAAGCGACGGUCCCCGUGCGCGCUGAGUGUCAAAGCGCAUGCAUUCUCGGUGGAGGCGCUAAUCGGAGCGGAAAAGAGACGCAGGACGGCCGGAGAGGAUGCUGUGUCCCCCGGCUACGAGGACGGAACUGAUGUCUCUGACAUAACCGGGAGCCCGGGGCCGCGGGCCGACAGAGCGUGCACCAGUGACCGGGGCAGUGAGGCAGAAUGUGCAAGUGACGGUUCCCCAGAGAGCGAGGACGCGCUGCUAGAGAGCCCGCAGCCCGCAGCUGUGUGCACGGCGCCGGUAACCGGCACCGGAGAGGAGACCCGCGUGGACCUGCAGGGAUCAGACCUGUGGAAACGGUUCCACGAGAUUGGCACGGAAAUGAUCAUUACAAAGGCUGGACGGCGGAUGUUCCCCGCUAUGCGUGUCAAGAUUACGGGCUUGGACCCACAUCAGCAGUAUUACAUUGCCAUGGAUAUAAUCCCCGUGGACAACAAACGAUACAGGUACGUGUACCACAGCUCCAAGUGGAUGGUAGCGGGGAACGCGGACUCUCCUGUGCCGCCUAGAGUGUACAUCCACCCGGACUCCCCGGCCUCAGGAGAGACGUGGAUGCGUCAGGUGGUCAGCUUCGACAAACUUAAACUGACCAACAACGAACUGGACGACCAGGGACAUAUCAUUCUACACUCCAUGCACAAGUACCAGCCGCGGGUCCAUGUAAUCCGCAAAGAGUGUGGAGAGGAGUUAUCCCCAGUGAGAGCAGUCCCUGCUGGGGAAGGCACCCGCACCUUCUCCUUCCCUGAGACUGUGUUCACCACCGUCACAGCAUAUCAGAAUCAGCAGAUUACAAGGCUGAAAAUUGACAGAAACCCAUUUGCCAAAGGCUUCAGAGACUCUGGCAGAAACCGGAUGGGUCUGGAGGCUUUGGUUGAGUCUUAUGCAUUCUGGCGUCCAUCUCUGCGAACACUCACAUUUGAGGACAUCCCUGGCAUGGCCAAGCAAGGGGUCCCUGGGGCUCAUGGAGGGGUCGGAGCGUCAUCUCACCUUCUCUCCACUUCCCCGUGCUCCUCACCCUUCCAGGUUUGCCCUCUCAGCCCGCCUGAUUACACCUGCAGCCGACCCACACACCCUCUCCAUCGUUACAGCAACCCCCCGGAGCCAUUCCCUCCUCCCAGAGGUCCAUCGGUAUAUGAAAGUGAAGGAUUCUGUUCCCUGCCUCUCCCUGGUUCUCAACUUGGCUAUCUUUCCAAUCCCACCACACAGGGUUACGCUGGGCUUCGCCUCCACACACCACCCUAUAGCCUGUACGGUUACACAUUCCCUCCGUCACCACGCCUCGCUGCCAGCCCCGAUAAAAUGGCCGCCGCUGCCACUGCCAAUCAUCAGAGCCCCUUCCUUGGCUCGUCUCCUAGUGGGACUCUAACAGACAGUCUGGGUGUGCUCAGUGGAGGACAGCAAGGCUUCUUGUUUGACUCUCGGACUUUAGGACUGGCAGGUAGCCAAGCAGGAGGUGGGGCCUCACAGGUCACUGCCCACAUGGGCUGAAUUUGACUCCAGACAUCUAGGGUAGUCAUGAAAACAAAAUGACACCCUGGAAUGGGUGUAAGUUGCUUUUCAGAACGUUCUACGAAUUAAUCAUCCAUGUGCUGCAUAAGCAUCGGGCUGAAUUGUGGACAAACAGAGAGGAGUGCCAGAUUGAGCCAUUGCCUCUGUGAAAAUAAAGAGCUUGUUAAAGCUUCUUUAACUGAAGGGAAUAUUUUCUACCAAGUUCUUAUCUUUCAGGUAUGUUCUCUAGGACAUGCAUGUGCAGCUGCAGUGGUUAUCAAAGGGAGAAACAUCCUGUGGCUUUGGAUAACGAGUCUAAACGAUGUAACCCACUGACUGAACUGGAACUGAAUAUGGAUUGGGCAGAAACUGGGCUGGCCCAGGCACUCAAAGUAAGCACUUCAACUCCUGGCAGGAGGCCCUGAAGCAGUAACUAUUAUACUCACACAGCAUUCUACAUUGCCUCCUUGAUCUUGCCUACUUUGGAUGGAGUUACUGAACACUACUUUCUAACUUGUUUUUAUGGGAUAUAUUGACUAAAUUUCUCUUGUCAAUUGAGUUCCUUGUCUGGUGGUGGUCUUGAUCAAGUCUUUGGAAUAACAAACAUGUAGCUAAAGUCUAUCUAGUAAUAUGCACUACAGGCAGGGCCUUCUCACCACUCAGACUUUUAAAGAAAAAACACUUCUACACACAACACCAGGAGCCUGUCACAUAUUCACAUGAUGAGAGCUACGGGAGAUAUCCCAGUGACAGUUAGGGACUGACGCAGUUAAAGCUGUGGGAGAAUGAUGGAUUGAUGAUGGACUGAUCUACAUAUUCUACGUCUGGCUUGACAGACGUUUACUUGAUGCAGCUGUCUGGAUGUCAGGCUGAAGUACAUCUUUUCUUGUGUGACACAGACGUAACUGCACAUGAUGAUUCUGUAUAUAGCGGGAGGGGGGGGUGGGCGGGAGGAGAGAUGUGUAUAUAAAGGGCUGUGUGACCCUUCGCACUUAAAAACCCCAAUGCACCUGCUUCUGCUCUUUAGACUGGGUCAGGUACGCAACAGCCAACCCUGAACUUGACCGAAAAGCUUUUCUUUGCAAACACGCGCUAUAUCAGCACGCCCUUUGGCCAAGGACAUUAACAUGUUCUGUGACCCUUUUGAGCCGAAUAAAGUAUAUCUAUUCAUGUCACAAUGUUAAUAUGUAAUCAAUAUCUUACUAAUUUAACUGAUUUCGUAUUGUUUAUUAAGGCAAUUGUGAACCUACAUGUUUGUCAGUGUUUUAUUGCCUUUUUUUUUUUAACUAAAGCAAUUACGAUGCUUACAAUAUAAUAUUUCCUUGUGAAAACAAAGACCAGAGGACUGUAUGCUUAUGUAUUCUCACUGAUGUGUGUGCUAGUGGUAUUGUGUAUGUCUGUGUGUGUGUGUGUGCGUGUGUGUGUGAUAAAGCAGUCAAAGACGGGGGUUGUUCCACAGCCUUUGGAUGCCAGAGAAAUGAAAAAUACCAAAGGAGACAGGGAGCAAGAAGUACUCUGAGGCACGCACGCGCACACAUACAUGCCCAAGCAAUUGUUUAUUGUGCGAUGGCCAUGCAAACUAAUACAACACAAGGCAGGGUGUGCGGUGAAUGUGGGUGUGAGAGUAUGUAUGUAUGUGCGCACAUUUGUGUGUGUGUGGCAACAGGUGGUUGAGUUGUCAGCGAGUGUGUGACCUCACAGUCUCAAAGUUCAUGUAGAUCCUUGAGAAUUGACCCCCCCCACCCUUUUCCUCCAAAGUCAUACUACUCUGCUGCCAAGAUUUUUCAGAAAGCUGUUCGCUGUAAUUUAAACCCAUUUUAACACCUGCACAAGCACUCCGACUAAAGACUCCAAGACAAAACAAACCCAUUUUUCCCUCUCGAACUUGAAAUUACAUUUCAAAAAGAAAACAAGACAAGUGCAAUACACUUCAUCUCUUCUAAUGUGUGAGCUUAAAGAAUCCCAUUAUCUCAAUACAAAUGAGCUCAAAUCAGUCAAAUAAGAUAAACAAUCAACAAAGCACUGGUUAUAGUGGACUUCUGCUAGCUAUCUCUCAUGAUUCAGUCAUAUGAGACCACCCUAAAUUGUGGCCCCUUAUACUUUGGGAUUUUGUGAUACAAAUGAUUUUUCUGAAAUGAAACUGUCUUGAUAGGUUACAAGCAGCAAUAUUAUGGAGCUGCACUUGUUCUUAACUUUCUCCUCCAGGUAUAAAUACAAGGAAAGUUUGCAGUUUUGAACUGACUUACUGAUUUUUCAUCCCAAAAGACCCUUUCCUGCUGUCACCCGUUUCCUCCUCAGCUCCUCUGUUCACCCCCCCCCCCCCCCUCAGUUGUCUCCUGUCACUCUGAAGGUGAGAGGUGCUGACGAGAGGAGCACAUGUGAGGGGGGGACAGGAGGUGAGAGAGGACGGCAGGGGGGAGGAGAGCUUAUUUUAAAACCCAGGAAUGAUUGGCUUGUUGUUUUUGAGUGACAGGGGACGGGACCCCCGCCUGAUGCAUCCGUACCACACACAAGGAAACACACACCGGCAAAUGCUGACAGAAAUAUUUAUACACAAUGCUAGCUAACUAUCAUUCACCUUGUCAAUCCUUUGAAACCUAGCUUGUCUAGUAGUUCUGAUUCUGGAAAGAUGGAUUAAAAUAGAAUUUAAAGCUGCAGAACAUUUCAGGCACACACACACACACUCAUAUAUUCACACAGACACACUUGUGCAUGGUGUCAGUGGUUUAGUGAUUCUCAGCUGAGGUGGGGACAUUAACACUUGUGUACGACCAGGUGCCGACGUGACAUAUCUGUCACGCUAUCUGCCGCCUGGAGGAGAAGGACAGAGAGGGCGGAGGGAGGGGGGAAGGUAGAGAGUAGGAGCAGUAUGUGUGUGUUCAAGAUUCGUAUAACGUUGAAGCAAACCUGUUCAUUUCAGGGUGGCUCAGGACUUCUUUUUGUUAAAUCCCAACAGGAAGAUGUCCAAAUGUCCGAAAAUAAAAUGCGAGUGAAAUACAACAACGCCAAGGGACAGUACAAUCUUCUUGGUUGAAAUCAACAAAUUUCAAGGAAGCAUGUGAAGUACAUUUUGAAGGUUAUGUACAGACAUGAAUGUGGCAAUACAGAAAAUGUCAGGAGGCCACUGGGGUUCAUCCUCUGGGGACAAGGAGCAUUCACAACACAUUUCAUGUCAACCCAGCCAUGAAAUAUCAUAGGUGGGAGAGAAGGUGGUAGAGGAAAUCUAAAAAUUAAAAGACCAAGAGCUAAAAUACACAAUUAACAGGAGUCAAUCACUGGUGACCAUGAAUAUCCAUUCCAAAUAUUAUGGUGUUGCUCUUAAGUGUUGACAGACACACAAAACAACAGACAUGCAACAAAGUGUCAUCAAUCCAAACAAUUUUUCCAAGAAUUAUGUUCAUUUGCAACAUUUUCACACAAGAAAUACUUUGUGGAAGGCAAAAUGCCACAAAGAAUCAGAUUUUAUUUAAGAUAAGAAACAAAAUAUUCAUUUAAACCCUGUGAUGAACUGGCGACUUGUCCAGGAUGUUCCCCACCUCGCCCAAUGCCAGCUGGGAUAAGCUCCAGUCCCCCGUGACACUGAUAAACAUAAGCGGUUAUAGAAAAUGUAUAGAUGGAUAUUUAUGUUUAAAAUAUGUAAAAUGUUUAUCAUUAAUGUUUUAUUUUUAUAUUAAUGUAUGUAGGAAAGGGAUAUAUUGCAAUACCCCCUUGUGUCUACUAAAGCAUUAUUAAAAUGUAUGGUUAUUUGUUACCGAUGUUGGAAAAGUAUGGCAUGGUAAAAGACACUAUAGGCACUGUAGAUUGCUAAAACAAAUAAUCUUCAUCAAGGUUUAACUUUACUUGCAUUGAUUGAUGUGCACAAGAAGAAAAUAAUGUAGAUAAUAUAUUAUUGACUUUGAUAAAAACAGUCAGUACUUAUACUGUCUGGAAGAGAGGAAAAGUUUUCAGAGAGGAAAGUCAAAUUUGACUUGUAAUUCCAAAUGAUUUGGCUAUUUUACAUUUCAUCUGGUAUUUUAAUUCAGUCAUUUUAAUAAAAGUCAUCACAUUAUUUCACAGUAAUACAGAUCAUGAUGGUUAUGAUAUCAUCUUUACUUGUAAUGUCUAUUAUUAUCUAAAGUAGACUACUUUGAUUUACUGUUAACAUUAACCACACAUAAAUAUACACUUUGCAGUGCUGCCAAAGCAGUUCAUCAUGACACUGAAUAUCCCCAACGCUCUGAGGCUUCAAAUCAAAUCUAAGCGACAUCACUCUUCAGUGUGUUUGCGUGUGUGGGGGUAUCUAUUCUUGCCAGCUUAGGCAUAUUAAUAUAGACAUAUACUAUUAAAAAGUGCAUGAAUGAGAGAGAAUGAGCAACAACGAGAAUAUUCUGGGUAUACUGGUUCUUUUAGGUCUAAAUAUUAUGUUUUUUUAUUAUUAACGGUGUGUGUCAUAA